AUGGAUAAAUCAUGGAUGCAUGCCGAUAGGAGAUCGUUGAAGUUUCAGAUAGGAGUAGAUAAUUUUCUUAAGUUUGCUUUGGCAAAUGCAAGUGACAAAUCUGCCAUUUGUUGUCCUUGUAUGAAGUGUUGUAACAACGAUGAAUUUUCAAUCGGAGUUAUUAAGGAUCACAUAUACUUCAAUGGUAUAUUAGUUGGAUGUAAGCGGUGGAAAUGGCAUGGGAGGCCUUCUACCAUGAAUGAUGACGGAGUAGUUGAAUCUGAAAUAGUGGAUUUUCAUCCAGAGUUAGGUACUGUGCGGGAGGAAGGUGAUGGUUGUGCGGAAAGUGAGGAUGAGGAGAUUUCAAGCGACUCGAAUGAGUUUUUGAAAUUUGUGGAGGAUGGAGACAAGCCUUUGUGGCCGGGCAAUACAAAGUUUACCAAGAUGAAUGCUAUCAUACAAACGUUCAAUUUCAAGGCAAAACAUGGAAUAUCAGACCGUGUUUAUUCUAACAUGUUAAUGAUGUUUGCCAUGUUCCUGCCUGAAGAUAACGUGUUGCCUGUAACUGUGCAAGAGGCUAAAAAAUCAUUCUCUGGAUUAGGGAUGGGGUAUGAAAAGAUUCAUGUUUGUCCAAAUGAUUGCAUCUUGUACCGAGGGGAGGAACUUGAAGAAGCAAAAUAUGUCCCACAUGUGGUGCAUCAAGGUAGAAAUUGGGUAAAGAUGAUGUACCAAAAGGUAUUGUGGUACUUUCCACCAAUCCCGAGAUUCAAACGAAUGUUCCAAUCGACCACAACAACUAAGGAUUUAACUUGGCAUGCAGAUGAUAGGAAAAAGGAUGGGUUGAUGCAGCAUCUAGCAGAUUCUCCUAGUUGGAAGCUAAUUGACACAAAGUGGCCAGAAUUUGGAGGAGAACCUAGGAAUCUUAGACUAGCCCUUUCCUCGGAUGGGUUUAAUCCACAUAGUUCUUUAAGUAGCAAAUAUUCUUACUGGCCAGUUAUACUUGUUAUAUAUAACCUUCCUCCAUGGUUAUGCAUGAAGAGGAAGCAUAUGAUGUUAACAUUGUUAAUAUCCGGACCUAAGCAGCCCGGAAAUGAUAUUGAUGUGUAUUUGCAACCGUUAAUUGAUGACUUGAAGAAAAUGUGGGCUUGA